AUUUGAAAAUGAAUUACGUUAAAGAGACUCAUGAUGAGGAUUGCCGGUGCUGAAAUAUUCUCAGAGAGCUCGAUUAUGAACCAGAGAAAAAUUCUCCGAUUGAUAAGUACCAAAGCCUGAGAAGAAGCGAGGAGAAGCUUUCAAAUUGGUCUAGGAAACCUUACAAUGGGCUUCAAUAUUCUCCAGAGCAUAAAUACCAUGCCCAGAAAUACUCUUUUGAAGAUAAGGAGAAUAAUUCAUCAAAUUCAAAUGUGAUUCAGCCGUAUUCUCCUCCAACAUUUGCUUCAGAGAAUGUUGCUGGGAGGUAUGAAAAGGGAAGAAUAUCUCCAAGGAUGCACCCUGAAGCUGUUCCCACUGAGCUUAUGCCUCAUCAGUGCUCAAUAUCUCCUGGGUAUGAGAACUCUUCACCCUCACUAGGAGAGAAAGUCCCCUCGAUUGGAAGUGUAGAAAUUAAGGCUUCAAAGGAGCCUAAUUUGAACCAAUACCCAAGCGUGGGAGAAGUCCAGAACGUCAGUGAAGAGAAAAGUGAAAUUAAGUCCCUCAGGAUGUUUAACCAUUCCAUUGAUAUUGGGGAUUCCCCAGAUUCUAAAGAUCAGAACAAAGAGCUUCUUAAUGCCAGCAGUUCCAUCUCAACAACUGGGCUUGAUCCAGCUAAUCUCGAGAUCAUGAAGGGCGACCCCUUCCUGGUCAAUAUUGAGAGCACCAAGAAUUGUGGCAUGAAGAACAAAAAGAAGAAAUUGAAGAAGAAAGAAACCAAGGAGUCUUUUUCAACUCAGUCUGAAGACUCUGUUAUUAAAGCUGACCAAGUCUCACUCAUGCAGCCAAUCUUGUUAGAGCUUAAAAAGAACCUUAUUGAGGAAGAGAAAAGAGUUAAACGAGAGAAAUCUAAGAGAAAGUCAAAAUCAAAGGCUAAGCGGGCUAAAUCCAAGCAAAAUCCCUACAACUAUGUCAGGUCUAAGGUUGCUAAAUCCAUAAAUGGCAAUGGAUCUACAAGAUCUCGCACCAAAAAGAAGUCUAAAAGACGUUGUAGAAGAAGAGCAAAGUCUUUGCAAUGGCUAAGGAUUGGUAAAGCUCGUCCUUCAAGACCUAAGUCAGUCAUUGUAAAAAAGAAAUGUAAGAAGAGGAAAGCACGCUCUAAACUCCGCCACAGAAGAAGAGGGCCAAAAACCGAGGCGAUUUCUGAAACAGCUUACUCCUACAAACCUCUGAACAUCAAGACAGAAGUGGCUGUAAAGCUAUUCCCCAAGAAAAAAUCUCGAAAGAGGGAGAAAACAGUCAGUGCUUGGACUAGAGGGACUAAAAAGACCAAGAAAACCAACGUCCAGAGCCAAGUUUCUUGGAUAAACAGGAAUGCAUGUCCCAAGAAGCAGGCUUAUUCAGAGUACGAAAAGUAUGAAGACAUCUUUAUCAAGGGAAAAAGCAAGAGAACUGAUGUCGUUGACCAUGCCUGGAAUAACUCCAAGAGAGAAAGAAACGAGAAAUGGGCCCAAAAGCAAAGGAAAAUCUUUAAGGAAAGGAAAAGACAUACUAAAUCCAAGAAAAAUAUUGUCUAUAGAGAGAAAGAACGUAAACUGGACGAAGUGACAGAAGAAAAGUCCCAAACUAGGUCAGUAGCCGGUAGUUUUUGCGCUAGUCAAAAAGCACCUCCUCUGAGAAAGCUUAAAACUAUGAAGAGGAAGAAAAUAGAUAAUUCUGAUUUAAUAACUCAACAACCUAACGAGGAGAAGAAAAAGAAUUUAGAGGAUAUUGAACAUCAAAAACCUAAGAAAAGAAUGAGCCGGCAGGAGCAAAAAGAGAGAGAUAGUGCAUUAAGUAAGCCUAAGUGGCAAAAAGUACCUUUGGAGAAAAAGAUUAAGGAGAAAUUAGCAACGCAUGAAAUAUGCAACGAAUAUGCUGACAAUCUCUCUUCGACUGGUCAGUUAUCCCAUAAACUUGCUCCUGAAAGUGAACCUGAGAUAAAAAUGACACAGUUCAUUCCCACCAAAAUUUUCUUAAAGAAAGAGGUCAAGAAGAAGGCAAUGCAGGCGGUGAAUCACACUGUAACCACUAAAUCUUCCAAAGGGGAGGUUCUUAGCAAGAUUAAAGUCUGUUCCGUCACCUCUGACUCAGGAUCGGUUUAGCUAUAUUCCAUAAGUAUUCCAUAAAAUUUCCUCUCUAUAAC